AUGGAGGCCGAGGCGCGCGUGUCGCGUUGGUACUUUGGGGGGCUGGCCUCCUGCGGGGCCGCCUGCUGCACGCAUCCGUUGGAUCUGCUCAAGGUGCACCUGCAGACCCAACAGGAGGUGAAGCUGCGCAUGGUGGGCAUGGCGCUGCGGGUGGUGCGGUCCGACGGCGUCCUGGCACUCUACAACGGCCUGAGUGCCUCCCUGUGCAGACAGAUGACCUACUCCCUGACUCGGUUUGCCAUCUACGAAACUGUGCGGGAUCAGGUGGCCCAGGGCAGCCAAGGGCCCCUACCCUUCUACAAGAAGGUGCUGCUGGGCUCCAUCAGUGGUUGCAUUGGAGGUUUCGUGGGCACUCCUGCAGACAUGGUCAACGUCAGGAUGCAGAACGACAUGAAGCUACCUGAGAGCCAACGCCGAAACUACGCCCAUGCCCUGGACGGCCUGUACCGUGUGGCCCGAGAAGAGGGUCCGAAGAAGCUAUUCUCGGGUGCAACCAUGGCAUCCAGUCGAGGGAUGUUAGUCACCGUGGGCCAGCUAUCCUGCUACGACCAGGCCAAGCAGCUGGUCCUCAGCACAGGGUAUCUGUCUGACAGCAUCUUCACACACUUCGUGGCCAGCUUUAUCGCGGGUGGAUGUGCCACGGUCCUGUGCCAGCCCUUGGAUGUGCUGAAGACACGCCUGAUGAACUCCAGGGGCGAGUAUCAGGGUGUUAUCCACUGUGCCAUGGAGACUGCAAAGCUGGGGCCGCUGGCCUUUUACAAGGGCCUCUUGCCUGCUGGCAUCCGCCUCAUGCCCCACACCGUGCUCACAUUCGUGUUUCUGGAACAACUUCGCAAACACUUUGGCAUCAAAGUGCCAUCCUGACGGGGCUGUGGGAGCCGGCUGGCCCAUGCCCGGUCCCCAGCACCAUGUUCUUCCAGAGUCCGUGCGAGCCGAGCGCAGCCCUAAACCCAGCACCUGCUCACAGGUCUCCAGCCGCCUCCUGCCUGGUCGGAGCUCCUUCCAGAGACCGUGCCCCCAGCACCCCUGCCUCCUACGUGCCCCCGAGCUCUCCCUGCCUGGUGUCCUGGCUGCCCAGCCCUGUGCAUUGACUACUCACUCAGAGGGGAGGCGUCCAGGCCCCACGUUUGGGUUUCCUGCCCAAGUAGGCAGUUAACACUGGAGGCAGGAGGAGCUUUCUGGGGUCCCCUGCCUCUUCUCUGGCCCCCAGGGUUUCCUCUCACUGAGCAGCUGCCAGGGGCCUACAGCACUGUCUUCCAGCAGCUCCCAUCAAGGACCUGGGUGGCAGAGUAGGGGACGCACCAGCAUUGCCCACCAAGUGCGUGCAUGCACGUACACUCUAUCCUAGGAGAGGGACCAUGGCUUUUCUGACAUUCUCAAAGGUGGCUGUGCCCCCACAGCUCCUGGGCCGGUAAACGAAGGAGGCAGGGAGGCUCUGAGCACCCCUUCCGCACCAGCCAACCCCCAGUUGCUUUAACACUUAGUUUCACCAAAAACUCAGAGCCAAGAGGCCGCCACUGUCCUCAGAGAGUGUGCCGUGUCCCUCAUGCCUUCUGCGCCCUCCCCUCCGCUCCCUGGGCAGAGGCGGGCUGUGGUGGGUCCUCCAGGCCGCUCGCUCUGGACGGUGGUCACCCGUAAGGCCCCAACAGCUGAUCAGCCAAAACAGCACCGCCCAGGUCCUGCCAAAGCAGCCUGUGCCCCCAAAAACGAGGUUGGGGACUGUCCAUCUGCUUCCCUAGGCCCCUUUGGGAUGGUGUCCCCACCCCAGCAAGGGGUCAGGCUGCGGGGACACUAAUAAAGGACAGGAAGCCGC